AAUUUGUAAAAAAAAGUUAAAUUAAUUUGAAAUGGAAUUUAAAACACAUCUAGAUUAUUUAAACAAAUGUUUUAUUCACAAAUUACGAAAAAAUUACGAUGAAACUACGGACCAUCAAGAAUUUAUUCUACGCAACAAAAAUUUAGAGCAUAAUUUUGAUAACUUCGUUAAAUUGUUAUAUGAUAUAAGUAAUGAUGAUUUACAACAAUGUAAUGAGUUACUUUCGAGUAUAGUGAUUUUGGAAAAAGAACUUACUUGUGAAGGUUCAUGGAAUAAUGAAAUGUCGCAAGAAAUAGCAAAAAAAUUAAACCAUGUGUUUGAAUCGAAAACAAAAUUACCGAUCGAUAUGGUUUUAAGGAAGAAUAAAGUUUGUAAAUCAGAAGAAGUCUUCGAUAAAUGUUUGGAAAAUCUUCAUAUGAAAUUAACUUCUGAGGAUUUCAAGAAAUAUCCAGCACAAGUAGAAGUAUAUUGUUCUCUUAUACUGAAUUUGAAGAACUACAAUGUAUCAGUCAUACCUUCCAAACUAUUUCCUGCAAGUAUUCUACUCAUUGAAGAUUAUUUAAUUGACAAUAAAAUUAAAGGUUUAAAGUGUUGUUUGGCGAUACUGAAGUUAUUGAAACCAGAAGAUUUUGAUGGUGGUAAUUAUUAUGAUGUAAUUUAUAUGACUUUGAAGAAAAACCUAAACGAAAAAGAUAUUGAUGUGACAAAACUCAAUAACUCUUGCAUGUUGGCCCUACUAGAAUUGCUUCCAGAAAAACCGAAGAGAGAUAAACUUGAUGAAGUUUACUUAGAUACACUGGAAGCACUGUUAAUAGAAGGAAAUUUGGAGAGAAAAGCUUGUUGUUUCAAUUUCACUACGACACUGAUAAAAUGGCAUAAGGACAAUUGUGCUAAUAGAAGCAGUUUCAUUCAUAUAAUUUGUGAUAAUUUAGGCAUUUGUACUAAUGAUACUGUAUACAGUAUAAUAUUGAAACCAGUUUUAGAGUGUCUUGAAACGUGGAUAGAGUUCAACUGGCCAGUGUGGAGACUUGAAAAUGAUUACAAAGUUCUGUGUGCACUAUUGAAAGUAUUGUAUAUAUGUAAAGACGAUGAAUUAAACCAACAGAUGUAUAAAAUAAUAGUAACCUUAAUUUGUUUGUGCACAAUAGACGAACAGAAGCUAAUUAUUAAUCAACUAAAUGAAGCCCAAGAAAUACAGUGUAAUAAUUUUAAGGAUAAGAUUGAAAAUAUAAAGGCUUUUUUAAAUUCUUAAAAAUAUGUCUUUAAUAACAUAAAAAUCACAAUUUUAAACUUACUAAAGUAUCAUAUACUUUAUCCAUAGUAGGUCUGUCCUUCCUGUUCCUUUGUAAACACAUUUGAGCUAAAUUGAAUAUGUCCUUAGCUCUUAUCCAGCUCGGAAUAACCGGAUCCACAAUAGAAUUAAUAUCAUUAUUGUAAUUCUCUUCCACAUAAUCAUUUAUAUUUAGUUUGUCUCCAUUCAUAAUAAUUAUAGGCUUCAAACCAGUCAAUAACUCCAACAAAACAAUGCCAAAACUAAAUAUAUCUAUCUUUUGAGUAAUGGUUCCACGCAAUCCUUCAGGAGCCAUAUAUGCUGAUGUACCCAUUGGAUAUGUUGUAAUAGCUGUUGAGUCAUACUGUUUUGCCAAUCCAAAGUCACACAGCUAAAAGUAUUAAAAUUUAAAGGUUAAUAAAAAGUAAAUGGGGCAGAGAUUGUAAGCUAUAAUGUAAUGUGCCAUACAAUUGUAAAAUCUUCAUCCAACAUUAUUUAUACUGUCAUUGUUCUAAAUAUAAAAAAUGUGCACUGUAAAGCACACAUCCUAUGUCAUUAUAUUAUUUUAUUUUGAGCAUUGGUAAUGAAACAGCUCACCAAAAUGCAUCAUAAGUAAAAUUUUUGAAUUAUUUUUCUAUUUACUUGAUUACAAGACGUAAAACCCCAAAUUUUGUUAGGUAGGUAACACUUGACGUAUUUUCAACAUUUAUGAUAAAGGCAUUUAUGCGGCUUCAUGUGCCUGUUUAGUUAUAAUUAUACUAACAUAAUUUAGGAUUUUUUUUUCCGAAUUUAAAUUAUUAAUAUUAUUAAUUAUUUUCUUUUUAAU